UUCGGCCUUGAUUAUUAUCUCACCCGUCUCCAGGUCCGGCUCGGGGAGGCGCAACGCAGCCUUACACAGCUGCUAGGAUGGGUUUGGACGGGGGUCAGGGAGAACCAGGGUGCUGCUAAGGGUGGCUACAUCAGUGUGGACAUGCCGUUGCUGGGCCUGGAGUCAUACGUGUUUUCUCUGAACUGGUCACUGCCAAGAAGAUCUAUACUGGCCUUGCUUGGCCUUUUGAUGUUCCCCAACCUCAUCACCACCGCUGUCUUUUCCUGGACAUUGGAGCAGGAGGGGUGCAGCUGUUUCGGGAUGCUGGGGGUCUCCCAGAGUAGAGGGAAGGCUGUCUUUACCGCGUGUAAUGUCAUGGGAGGAAUUCCAGAAACUUUUUCUUUUCACUGAUGUCACCAUCUCUGGACCCAAAGGUAGAGGAAUCAACGUGGUUUGGAUGUGGGUGAGUUGGGGUUGAGCCCUGAAAAUUGUAGAGACUCUCCAUGGCCUCAGCCUCCAAAGACAGCUCACAGGAAAAAUCUGGAGUGGGAAGUGGUGAUGUCCACAGUCAGCAAAUUUCUACCAGGUGCCAGAGAGGGCACAGGAUUCAAGUGUGGCCUGGACAAAUCACUGACAUUCUCUGGCCUUCCCAGGACUGGAGCAAUAAGCAGGAUCGAUCCAUUGCUUUUGACUGCCAGUGAGUGCUGCGCGCCGAUUGGUCCCGGUUAAGGAAACGAGGAAAAAAAAGGCGUGCAUGUGGGUGCCUCGGUCAGAGACUGGCGCGUUCGGUGGGAACGAGGCCGGCGAGGGACCAUGGCGUCGCUCAAUUGCAGCGCCGUCGUCUGCGUGAUUUGUUUGGAGAAACCGAAAUACCGCUGCCCCGCCUGCCGCGUGCCUUACUGCUCGGUGACCUGCUUCCGGAAGCACAAAGAGCAGUGCAACCCUGAAACUCGUCCUGAGAAAAAAGUAAGGUCAGCUGUUACAGCAAAAACUAUAAAGCCUGUAGCAAACAAAGACUUCGGUAUCUCCUGGGUGUCAGGCACCAUGCCAGCCUCCGAAGGCAGCCCCUCCUGGUGCCAGCAAAGAGAUGGUGAGGACUCUGUAGCUGACUUUCUCAACAGUGAUGAGGAAGAGGACAGAGUUUCUUUGCAGAAUUUAAAGAAUUUAGGAGAGUCUGCAGCAUUAAGAAGCCUGCUGCUCAACCCCCACCUUCGACAGCUGAUGGUCAGCCUCGAUCAGGGCGACAACAAGGCGAAGCUCAUGAGAGCCUGCAUGCAGGAGCCCUUGUUUGUGGAGUUUGCGGACUGCUGUUUAAGGAUUGUGGAGCCAUCCCAGGAUGAGGAUUCCUAAGACGGAUGAUUGUGCUGCUCACUGGAACGUGUGCGUGACUUCGAACCUGCCCGCACCCCCAGGAGAACAGCUAGCGAGGGGCCCUCAGCGAGGGUGCUGACUUGCAGACUGGCUGGCGUAGCGUGGGCUGCACAAUGGCCUUAUCUCCAGCACUGUAGGUGUGGGUUUCAGGCAAGAGGAGGAUACUCGAGGUGACAAACCCUUUAUGGAGGGAGAACUUGACAUUCUGAUGGUGUUUAAAUGUUUUAAUUUUGGUAGCGUUUAGGCAUCACACAUGAUUUGUCAAGUUUCAUACCCAUUUGAGUUAAAACUUGCUCACUGUUGCUAAAUAAAAUCAGGAUAUGGUGAUUCUCUGG